UUGUCAAAAAAAGGUAAACAAACCAUUUGCACGUAAACAAAUCGCUCCCGGAUGGAAGCUCCAACCACUAGCCGAAAACCGUGGAAGAAAAAUCUGUACGAAAAUGCCGACUACGAGGACAACUAUACCGAUCCGUCCUUCCUGAAGGAUAUGCAGACGAACCGGAACUUGAAAACAUACGUCCCUGCUGAAGCGUUCCUCGGAGCCACCCGGCUCAGCCAGCAGAUCUGCGUCGUAACGGCAUUCCUGAUUGUGUUCCACCACCUGUACAUGGAACGGAUUGGAGCGAAGCAGAUCUUCUGCCAGUCGGCCAUCGGCACGACCGUGGGCUACUUCAUCUACGCCGGGCGCGAUAUACAGUUGGCCAAGUUUGUGGAAGAUUCGAAAACCGCGUUCGCGGUGCUCGUGUUUGGCUUCAUCUUCUCGCCGCUGCUGCACACGCUCACCAACAGCAUCAGCACGGACACGAUCUUUUCGAUGACCUUUUUCGUGCUGGUGUUGCAUCUCAUUUUCUUCGAUUACGGUGUAUCGGCCGCCCUCGUGUCGAAAGCGAUCUCGCUAAACGCGGCCAUCUUCGGCUCGAUCUGUCUCGCUUCCCGGCUGUCCUCGUCGCUGCACGCGUUCGUGCUGCUCGAGGUGGCGGCCGUGUUCUUUGCGCUGGGACCGUUUCUGGUGCGCAAGCUGUACAGCGUGCAGCUGCUAGUUGCGUCCAUAGCCGUUUGCUGCUUCUUUCUGUACACCAUCUCGCACAUCGUGCUGUACACCUACAUUAGCACGCUGGCGUUCGUUAACCUGUUCUGUCCGUGGCUGUUCGUUCGGCUGCAAAAGUACAAAAACAACAUCAACGGUCCGUGGGACGAGGCGAUUGUUGCAGAAGAGUGCACAUCCUAGCCGGUAGAUCCUGUAACAGUAAGCUUCGUGUAACGCUAGUGCUAGUCAAUGCAUUUGUGUAGGUUAAUAAUAAAUCAAUUACAGUUUAAAAUACAUACUGAA